AUGUUUAUAAAUAAGCUUACUUUUUUUACAGAAUGGUUUCAGGUGCAAGAAGAGUUCAAAACUCCCUUUGAGGAGAUGUCACCAAUUCAGCUUAACAAAUGCCUCCAAAAAUUUUACUUGUCCGCACGAAAACGUGACGGCAGUUACUACAACAAAAAGUCGCUUAUCGCAAUCCGAGCCGCGUUAGAUCGUCACUUAAAAAGUCCUCCGUUUUCAAAGCCCUUUUCCAUUGUUGGCGACAGUCAUUUUAAUGAAGCCAAUAAAUCCCUCAGCAAUUUUCUGAAAACUCUGAGCAAAAGUGGCCAAAUAGCUCCGACAGCACAAACAAGCCCUAACAAAGGAAAUUGUUGA